AUGGAAGAAGGGGGCGGUGGUUUUGGUUAUGGGAAUUUACUGUCCAGGUCUUCUGUAUAUAAACCUAGUCCUCCAUUAUCUGCUAUAGACAGGUUUUUAUGGGGUCAUAACCACUCGAAGAUCAGCAAAGGAACAGUUGGUUCCACGGAUGGUUUGCUGCGUGGUUUCUCCUUCUCGAGUGAUGAAAUUGGUGGCUAUGUAGCUGGAGUUUCAUGGCAAAGUAACCUUGAUGAAAGCUUUGUUGACGGGCUUUUCAUAGAUGGGGGGAGCUUUGCUUUGACCGGUGACAAAAACCCUAACAUGGAAACGAAAGAAGUGCAAGUUUCGAUGAAGAGUUUCCCUAAAGGGGUAGGGAAGAGAAACAAGAAAGUCGCAUCUGCAGCUUUGAUCAAGGGUCAGUGGACAGAUGAUGAAGACAGAAAACUGAUAAGACUGGUGAAGCAAUAUGGAGUAAGGAAAUGGGCACAGAUAGCUGAGAAUUUGGUUGGUAGAGCCGGAAAACAGUGUCGAGAGAGAUGGCAUAAUCAUUUGCGCCCUGAUAUCAAGAAAGAUAGCUGGAGUGAAGAAGAGGAGAGAGUAUUAGUUGAAGCUCAUGCCAAGGUUGGGAACCGGUGGGCGGAGAUUGCCAAGUUCAUCCCUGGAAGAACUGAAAAUGCCAUAAAAAAUCACUGGAAUGCUACGAAGAGGAGGCAAAACUCAAGGAAGAAGAAUAAACAAAAUGAUAACCAAAAUGGCAAACCUCAGCCAUCUAUUCUUCAAGACUACAUCAAGAGCCGAAAUCUGAAUAGCAACAACCGCAGCGCCACCUCCAUCACCCCAAGCAACAGCUCCACCACUUCCACCACCCCUUCUAGCUCCCCAUUCUCUGAAGACUUGUCCAGUCAAUCCAAAUAUUUUCUCCCCGAUCAACCGUCCGAAUCCAAUGAUUCUCAGCCUUUGAUUACUCAAACAUAUGAUGAGGAACUGCUGUUCAUGCAAAACUUCUUUGCAAAUAACAAUAACAUUCAACCAUGCAUUGAUUAUUCCUUAACCAAAGGUCUAACUGAGGUGAAGUCAGUCCUUGUUGAUAACGUCAGCAAAGGUCCUUCAACCAUUGACUGCUCUGGAUUUAAUUCUGAUCCUUUUGGAUUCUCCUCUUCCAUUACAGACCCAAACUCGUUGACCAGUAGCCUUCAGGAACAAGAGCCUCGAACCACCUAUCUGUUUUCCGACCUCUACCUGUCCCGCCUGUUAAAUGGAUCAGCAACCACAUCUUCAUUUUCCGCAGACUACGGCUACACCAACAUGAACACCGAUCUCCAAGCUGAGCAAGCUUCUUCACAUGGAAGAAAAGAGAUGGACUUGAUCGAGAUGGUUUCCUCCUCUCAAUUCUUCCGGUAGCAACAUAUGUUUUCUCUUAGUUAAAAGAACAAUCCUAGAUAGUUCUUAAAGGAUG